UUUAAUUUAUUCAUAAUAUUUCCUUUAUUUUGUUUUUCUUUUGCAAUUAAAACACCAAACACACAUCAAAGAUCUCGACAUGUCUUUAACGACUCCUAAAACCUUCACACUUGAUGAAUUAGCUAACAUUGCUUUAGGAGCGCCAGAAUUAACUAAUGAACAUUUAAGUGUACUUCAAAGUCUCUUGAUUAUUCUGUUGGAAAAACUAAAUUGCCACAAUGAAACAGUUCGCAUUCAAGGAUUUCCCGCGAAAUGUAUAGAGAAGUUAUUAAAAGAAACCGCAAGCAAAGGAAAAUAUGAUUUUCAAUUGACAACAAUUAAAGGUUAUGAAGAAAAAUGGAAACUUUUAGAAAAACUGGAAAAUAAAACACAAGAAAUUGAUGACAAAAUCGAAGAACAUUUCGAAGAAAUACGUAUAUGUUUUAGAACGGAUGUUUUUGAUCCUACACAUUGGGAUCUAUAUGCGGCCGCCAAUGAAGAUUUGUGCACUCUUUAUAUGGAACACAAUAAGGAAUUAUGUUUGAUGGCCGGAAAUUCUGUUUUCAAUGUGGGCUUAAGGAGACGUGUUUCAUCAGUUAUGGUGGAACGUUUAAAAGAAUUUGAGUCUAAAAUCGACAGCAUGAUCGAUAAGUUAAAGGAAAUCAAGCAGAUGGCCAAUAAGGCCUCAGGAAAGCAGAAAUGUAUUGAAUAUAUAGUAAAUGAUAUUGAAGAAAUACGCUGCUCUUUAGAUAAAAAUGAACAAGGUUUUCGUGAAGCUAUGUUGGAGACUCAAGAAAUGUUAAACUGUAAAUUAGAUCGGGUCACUUUGCCGGCUAUGAAGAAAUAUUUAGAGCAAAGAUAUGCUGAAAUUAAAGAAUUUCUGAAAGAAUUGCAAAAAGAAUCAAGAAAAUGUCAUACCUUAAAACCUAUGCUGAUAGAAGACAAAAACUCAUGUUUGUCCUGUGGCCGCCCUAAGGAAUUGGUAUUAAGAAAACAAGUUCAGUCCACAAAAACCAGUGAUGAGACAGGUGAUAAAUGUUUUUGCUAUAAUUUGCAAAGAGAACCAACAAUUUUAGAAAAAAUGGAUAGAUUAAAGGCUAAUAAUUAUAUGGCUGCUGCUCCUUCGGUUCAACGUGUUUCCCGACAAAGUGCUUUUAAGAAAAAUCAAUUGAAAUUGGAUAGUCAUGGUAUUCUUACGAAUUAUACCAGUUCUAGUAUAUUUCCAAAACCCGACGCUUAUAUUGUAUCGGCUAUGAAAAACUCACAAAAGAAACAGCUAACAGGAGAAAAGUAAUCCGGGUACGGAAAAGUCUCAAAGCCUGGUUACAAUUGAUCCUUUAUACGGCGAGAGAGUUUUGUCUAUGCAGGUGUU